AUGCAGCAGCUACCGGCCAUCCCGAGGAGAUCCUUGCCAGAAAAGGAAGAGCAAGAGAAAGUCGUUCCUCUGCUGGGUCCCCGGAUGGUGGACUUCUUUGCCAUAGCGAGGGAGAAGAAGAGAAUGGCCGACCUCGAAGCAAAGGCUCUAGAGACCAAGAAAGGAAAGGUGGUGAAGAGGCAGAAUGUGAGGAAGGAGGAGGAGAAGGGGAAGAACGUGAGGAAGGAGAGGGAGGCGAAAAAGGUGAAGGAGGUGAAGGAGGUGAAGCCGGUGAAGGAGGUGAAGCCGGUGAAGGAGGUGAAGCCGGUGAAGCCGGUGAAACCAGUGAAGCCGGUGAAGCCGGUGAAGCCGGUCAAACCAGUGAAGGAGGCGAAGCCGGUGAAGCCGGAGAAGGAGGUGAAGCCGGAGAAGGAGGUGCAGGAGAAGAAAUUUCCAAAAGUGACGCAGAAAAAGCAGCAGCAAAAGUUGCAAGGGAAGAAAGCAGAAAAAGGCGAGCAGCAAAAGUCGCAAGAGAAGGACACGGAAGCUGAGCCGGAAGAAGUGAAGCUGCCAGCGGCCCAGGAAACCUCUGUCACCGAGGAAGAAUACUCAAUCUCUCUGUCUGGGAGCGAGACAGAGAGUUCCAGCUCCUCCCCCAGCCUGAGAGAGAGGAUGAUGGGGAAGCAGGAAGAGGCCGAGGAAGAGCCGCGCGCAGUCUUCUGGGACAGCGCUGCUUUGCCUAAACGGAAGCUUUCUUCGAGGACAGAUGAGGCCCUGCGGGAGGUGGUGAAGCUCAUUGUGGGGCAGGUGUCCCGUGAGCAGCAGGGCCGGAGAGACGCAGAGAAGGAUCUGCAGGACCGGCUCCAGAGUGAGCUUGCAGUGCUGUGGUGGAGUCGGCCAUCCACACACGCACCUGGCCUCCUCCAUCUGCCAGGAGCGGAGCACAGACCUGCACCCCCUGCUGGACCAAAGCCAGAGAAGGCGUCACGCAGAGUGGUCCGGAGAGUCGUGGUCAGGCACGUCGACCAGGACCACGAGAGAUCCAGCAGCAGUGAGAUUCUGGAGCCAGACAUCCACUAAGUGUCACCCAACAGCUCAACGAGGACCACCUUUCACUGUCGGCGACGCUCACGGUGACACUGUUAAAGGCGUCGCCGCUUUCCAUAUUACCCUUUCCCUAUACCCAAUAAACCCCAACCCCAUCCCCAAA